GCCUGCUGAAAACCAGUGAUCUGUCCCUGUUUGAAAAAAAAAAAAGUUUGUGAAAGUGGCCUGUGACGUCACACUCCCACAAUGCUUACCGCCCCAUAACUCCGCUGCAGCCUGAGGGGAGCCAGACGCUCUCAGGCCCGAAAACACAACAAUUAGAGAAAAAAAUCUGGAAAAAUCCGAAACGCACCGAUCGAGGUGAGAAGCGGCGCGAGGCGGCGGCCGGGGUGUGCCGCGGCGGGAAAGUGGUCCGGUCCGGGAUGGAAGCGGACCGGGACUCCAUGUGAAGCGGACUAAUGCGGGGCUGGAAACUUUUCGGACAGUCAAAAUGCAGUGCAGCGUUUCCCACUCACCGCCAACCAUAGCUGUUGGGACCGGGUGAGGAGGAGAGGAGAGAGGAGGAGAGCACCAAGUUUUUACAGAUCUCAUCCGACCUUGAUGCUUCCCUUCCGGUGAGCUGUUGGUCAACUUCUUCUACGUCACCCCCCGGCAGCGCCCCACAUUGAGCCUGCACGGCAGGGAGCCACACCUGAAGUUUCAUGGCAGCGGCGUUCUGAGGCUGCCAUGGCAGCUGCUGCCGCCGAUGCCUCACACCGUAUUACCGCACUGACGCCGGAGGAAGAGGGACGACGGACUGCCGCCAAGCUGUUUGGGAGCGCCGCCGCGCUGCCACGGACUGAGAGAGAGCGAGAAAGAGAGAGGGGGAAAGAGAGAGAGAGGGGGAGGGAGGAGGAAGAGAGUGGGAGAGCGAGUGGGAACGAGUGUUUGGUGUGCGGAGGUCUGUUCACCUCACAGGAGAAGCUGCGGCUCCACGCUUUGACUCACACAGGAGAGAAACCCUUCCACUGCUCACAGCCACUCUGCCCCAAGGCCUUCAGCUCCAAGUACAAGCUGUUCAGGCAUAUGGCCACACACUCUCCACAGAAGACCCACCAGUGCUCGUUCUGUGAGAAGAUGUUCCACCGCAAAGACCACCUGAAGAACCACCUGCAGACACAUGACCCCAACAAGGAGGCCUUCAAGUGUGACGAGUGUGGGAAGCACUACAACACCAAGCUGGGCUACAAGCGCCAUGUGGCCAUGCACUCGGCCACGGCCGGAGACCUCACCUGUAAGGUGUGCAUGCAGAUGUACGAGAGCACGCCAGUUCUCCUGGAGCACCUGAAGAGCCACUCGGGGAAGUCGUCAGGAGGAACCAAGGAGAAGAAACACCCGUGUGACCACUGCGACCGCCGCUUCUACACCAGGAAGGACGUGAGACGCCACAUGGUCGUCCACACAGGCAGGAAGGACUUCCUGUGUCAGUACUGCGCCCAGCGCUUCGGCAGGAAGGACCACCUGACGCGCCAUGUGAAGAAGAGCCACUCCCAGGAGCUGCUGAAGAUCAAGACGGAGCCCCCUGACAUGUUGGGUCUGCUGGCAUCAGGGUCCCCCCCCUGCUCAGUGAAGGAGGAGCUCAGCCCCAUGAUGUGCGCCAUGGGGCCAAACAAAGACCCCAUGAUGGGCAAACCAUUCCCCGGUGGUCCCCCAUUCCCCAUGAGCAUGUACAACCCUCACCACCUCCAGGCCAUGUCUAACUCAGGGGGGGGCCACCCCCACCCGUCCCUGAUGCCCCCCUCCCUGUCUGCAGCCAUGAGCAUGGGCUGUCACAUGGAGUCCCCUGGAUCUUUACACCCACACUCCCUGCACCACCAUCACCACCACCAUCACCACCACCAUCAUUCCCCCCCACUGCCCCCCCAUCACCAGCCCCAGGCCCCCCAGCAGCAGCACCAGCCCCAGCAGGUCCCCAAGUACCAGCUGGGAUCUACCUCAUACCUGCUGGACAAGCCCCUCAAAGUGGAGAUGGAGAGCUUCCUCAUGGAUCUGCAGAGCGGCUCGCCAGGCCCCACCCCUUCUGCGGACACCCACCCUGCUGCCUCACCCCGCAAGGAUGGGCUGGAGCCCUCGGCGGGCCUGGCAGAUGAGCUGUGUGGGGGCCCCCUCCUGUCCAAGAGCCCUGUGGUGAUCGCUGAUUCUCUUUGUGCUGCUAACAUGGACCUCUCCCACCUGCUGGGCUUCCUGCCCCUCAACCUGCCCCCCUAUAGCGCCCCCAUGAGUACAGGAGGCCUGGUGAUGGGCUACACCUCAUCUGCGACCUCCUCCAUUUCCUCUAUCUCCUCUUCCUCAUCUCUGCAUACUGCAGAGCCGCAUGCUGCAGCAGCCGCCGUCGCCACGGCACCUCUUACCUCUUUGCAACCGCAACCUCAGGAGCAACAGAGCUCCAGCGGGGGUCUGAACCUCGGGCCCCUGCACCCCCUCCCAUCAGUGUUCAGCUCCAGCCUCAGCACCACCACACUGCCUCGCUUCCACCAGGCCUUCCAGUGAGAGAGCCUCUGGCUCGGCUCGGCCUGGCUCAGAUUGGGGUCUGUGUUUGGUGAAUGAUGAAAUGAACACUUGGAAGCCUUAAAGCGCACAAAAGCUUUUUUUCUGAGCCUUACAGGAAGUUUAACCCUUUAAAGAAAAGGAACACAGUGAGGAAAGAAGCUUUUGUUCUCCUCUAGUUAUAACUACGUAUUAACCCUUUAUCUUAUGACCUUUUACUCCCUUUGUCCCCUCAUGUUAGUAGUAUAGAGGGCAGCAUCCGUAGGCCUAAAGGCGUGGUACUGCACACUUUCUAAAGUAAUAAUAUUAAAACAUCAACGAGCAUUUUAGUGAAGAUUAUCCGUCUUGUUGUGACCCAGAAAAAAAAGAUUUAGUUUGAAGUGGAUAUUUUGUUUGACUUUAUUUUGACUUUCCGAUGUCAGAAACAUGUCUGGAGUUUAAACCUCAAAGACCCUCGAAUCUGUCUCUAUCAGUCCCACAGCCCAGUGAACCAAUCAAGACCCAGAUCAGCUCGAAACUCCGCCCCUCCAGGUCUCCCCGAGAGCCACCAAAAAAGAACUGACCCCCACCUGAAAGAAAAAAAACACAAAAGAAAAGAGUCCCUUUAAACUGAUGUGCUCGUAGAGUCAGGCCAGUUUCUCACACACACACACACACACACACACACACACACACACACACACACACUGAAAGGACAGAAAGUGUGUGUUGCUCUUUAACGGCUCCUCCAGAGAAGCACUUUUUUUUUAGCACUUCACCUUCAGGAAACUUCUGGUCUCCUUCCUCUUCCUCCUCUCCUUCCUCCUCUUCCUCCUCACCUUCCUCCUCCUCUCCUCCUCCUCUCCUUCCUCUCCUCCUCCUCUUCCUGUCCUUCCUCCUCCUCCUCUUCCUCCUCUCCCUCCUCUCCUUCCUCCUCUUCCUCUCCUUCCUCCUCCUCUUCCUCCUCUCCUUCCUCCUCUCCUUCCUCCUCUCUUCCUCUUCCUCCUCUCCUUCCUCUCCUCCUCUUCCUCCUCUCAGUCUAAAGUCGAUAUAUCUUCGACCCUGCAGCUGCUCACUCCUGAAGUCUCCUCGGCGCCCCCUCCUGGUAGAAUGAACCCUGACAGAUGUGAAACACGGUGUGACAGACAAGGACAGAUGUGUAUUUUAGGUAUUAAACAUGUUUCUACACUUUCUGUAUCUGAAGUAUUAGCUUUCCCUUUUCCUGUCGUCACCGUGACGUGGACAGGACGACCUCCGUCAGCGAGUCGUGUGUGUGUGUGUGUGUGUGUGUGUGUGUGUGUGUGUGUGUGUGUGUGUGUGUGUGUGUGUGUGUGUGUGUGUGUGUGUGUGUGUGUGUGUGUGUGUGUGUGUGUGUGUGUGUGUGUGUGUGUGUGUGCUCGUGAGCUGACACGCCGCCUGUCAUCGUGAUGCUGUUUGAUCCCACGUGUUGAAAACGACUUUAAACGAGACGUCUGCAACUUCCAACAUCGAGCGCCUGGGAUUCAGUUUGUGUUGCCGUGGUAACAAACAGGUAUCAUGACAAGCCGUCUGUGGACGCAGGGGGCGGAGCUCCUGCAUCCAUCGCCACGCCUCAGAUGAGCCCUCGCCACGACCACGUGGCCACGUGUUUAAAACAAACAAACAAAAAGAUCAAAAAAGUUGCUGCUUUUAGCUACGGUUGCUACGACGACUGUAGACCACUCGAACAUUUCAAUGAUCCUCCCUCCCCCCCUCAGCUGCUCGUAGAGUUAAAGGUAAAGCGUCUGAAAGUUUCCGGAUGAUUCCGGCGUGACGUUCAGAGUUCGGGGGACUUGUUGACUGACUCGGACUUGUUGUUGCUCGUUUAUAGUCGUUUGUUUGUUUGUUUGUUUGUUUGUUUGUUUGUUGUCGUUUGAAAUGAAUUUAUUUUCUGUUUGUUGAAAACAGGACCUCGAGAAACAACACAACACAUCACCUCAUUUGUAUUUGUUUUAUUUCUUACUGAACCUGGGGAGAAGAAACGACACUUUGCAUAUUAGCUUGUUACAAACCCCCGAAGCAGCAACCCCCCCCUCGACCCAUAACCCCCCCAGCCGCCCCUGAGGUCAUUAAUGUGAUGAUGACCUGUAAAUAAAAAAGACAGAUCAGAGUUUGAUCCUAAAUAAAUGAGCUGCCGGCGCCUUUCUGAGACCUGGACUUCAUGAGACCUUCAGGUACUGGUUUCAGAAAUCAGAUUUCAGAGUGUUUGUAACGGAGAAGCUUCUGGCAUGUCCUCCGUUUGUCCUCCCCGGGUUUCUGUGAGCUAAUCUGAAUUCUAGCACUUUCAACCUUUAAAAAAAAAAAGAGUAUUUUUUUCUUUUAAAUUUCAGCUUCUAUGUUCAAAUGUUUUUAUUUUGUAUGAUCCUGUUGAUGUGUUUAGUUUGACAUGUAGACUUUAUCAAGCGUUGUGUGUUUCUCCUCUCCUCAAGAGGAUCAGUGUUUUUAUAGACUCACUAAUAUCCCUCGAGCCCAUCCUUUAAACAACGCUUUGCUGCGCUCUUCAGUUUAACCAAUCAGACUGCAGCCGAGCGCCAAGCAGCAACACGUGUUACAGCCGACCAAUGAGACGCUGUCCAAACGACCAGUAACUGAACACAUCACGACCUGAACACAUGUAGACGAGUCAGUGAACACAUCACGACCUGAACACAUGAAUAGACGAGUCAGUGAACACAUCACGACCUGAACACAUCACGACCUAAACACAUGAAUAGACGAGUCAGUGAACACAUCACGACCUGAACACAUGAAUAGACGAGUCAGUGAACACAUCACGACCUGAACACAUCACGACCUGAACACAUGAAUAGACGAGUCAGUGAACACAUCACGACCGAGUCAGUGAACACAUGUAUAGACGAGUCAGUGAACACUUCACGACCUGAACACAUGAAUAGACGAGUCAGUGAACACAUCACGACCUGAACACAUGUAUAGACGAGUCAGUGAACACAUCACGACCUGAACAUAUGAAUAGUCGAGUCAGUGAACACAUCACGACCGAGUCAGUGAACACAUUAUGACCUGAACAUAUGAAUAGACGAGUCAGUGAACACAUCACGACCGAGUCAGUGAACACAUCACAACCUGAACACAUGUAUAGACGAGUCAGUGAACACAUCACGACCUGAACAUAUGAAUAGACGAGUCAGUGAACACAUCACGACCGAGUCAGUGAACACAUCACAACCUGAACACAUGUAUAGACGAGUCAGUGAACACAUCACGACCUGAACACAUGUAUAGACGAGUCAGUGAACACAUCACGACCUGAACAUAUGAAUAGUCGAGUCAGUGAACACAUCACGACCGAGUCAGUGAACACAUUAUGACCUGAACAUAUGAAUAGACGAGUCAGUGAACACAUCACGACCGAGUCAGUGAACACAUCACAACCUGAACACAUGUAUAGACGAGUCAGUGAACACAUCACGACCUGAACAAAUGAAUAGAUGAGUCAGUGAACACAUCACGACCUGAACACAUGAAUUGAAUAGCUGAGUCAGUCCAACCCCAGAGUAAAGCACUUAAAGCUCUCAGCCAGCCAACGGGCUGAUUGUGACCCCGUAGGAGUGACAGCCGCAGACUUUAAAAUCUUCUCAGUGAACAUAAUUAAAAAGUAAACUUUGUCUUGAAAAGAUGAAAAAACUGAACGACUCCUCGAUUUGAAAGUAAAAACUUUUUCUCUUCUGAAUUCUGAAACCACACGACUUCUGGAUAUGACCUCUGACCUCUGACAGUCUGGUUGUUGCUGCUGGUUGCUCGGCUCCAGCUCCGUUACCUCGACCUCCUCAGGAUGCUCUUCUCCUCACCUCCUCGUCUCCUCGUCUCCCGCAGCGGGUGCAGAAGUCAAACUUUUGAAGGGAAUUGGAUCAGAUAAAUCCUCUCUUUUUAUUUUGCUCUUAGUGAAUGUGGAGAGUGUCAGAGUGUCUGCUGCAGACACAUCCACAUGUAGUUUGAUAUAUUUCUAGAUUAUUCUAAGUGUUGCAUUCCAACCUCUUUGUGUAUCUCUUUAGUGACAGCCCGUUUGAUCUCGAUGGCGUGCUGUUACAGCCUGGAAGAAAGACGUGAACACGACUUGGCGUACACUAUUUGAUAAAGCGUGGCGUUUAUCGACUACAGGGAGAGUUUAUUAGAGACGAGCUUCAGAGAGAAAGAAGACGCUUCUUUGUUACAUAUCUCACAUGCAAUCAGUUGCUGCAAUGUAAAAGUGACAGAUUUGUAUAUUGGUUGAUCCAAAGAGAUGAUGAACUAUUGUACAGUGUAUCAUCUUUCAUGUGUUAUGUUGAAAUGAUUAAAAGACAAACCAGCGC